AUGAAGACCCCUACUCUCCGUUUCCUCUUCCACGUCGCCGCCAUCUGUCUCCUCGUCUGCCCCGCAUCUAAUGGCGUCCUGGCUGCCGACAUCAACGCGGAGCGUAUGGCUCUCGAACGCCGCUACACCACCCCCCACUCUCUCGGCGACAACUACCUCUUCGACCCUCGCGACGGCUGGCAAUCCGUCAACACCACUAACCUCCUCUACAAGUACCAGACCGACGCAGACGAACACCACCACACCUACACCCACGGAACAGGCGGUAUGCUGCUCCUGCCGCGCGCCAAGAAGGCCCACUCCAAGUCCAAGUCCAAGUCCAAGAAGACGUCCAAGAACGCCAAGAAGAGCGCCAAAGACGUCCUCAGCAACGCCUCGGACGGGCUGCUCGCCGCCGGCGGCCUCACGGACAACGUCAAGAAGAUCAUCAACACCAUCAAGGGCAUCGGCAAGCAGGAGCCCGUCACGAUCACCUGGUAUACCGGGCACGACCUCGACAACCCCAGCUGCUGGGCCAACCCGAACUGGGCGCCGACGGACAGGUCGUUCGCCGCCGCGCUAACGCUCGUAGGGUGGGCGACCAAGCCCAAAUGCUUCAAGUUCCUCGAACUGUGCAGCAGCCCCCAGAAGUGCAUCUUCGUGCGCGUCGUCGACUCGUGCGCGGGCUGCGCCGCGGACUCGAAGCACGUCGACCUCACCAAGGCCGCGUUCCAGAGCCUCGCCGACCUCGACAAGGGCCUCCUCACCGUGCAGAUGCGCGAGGCGACCGACCCCGCCGACGGCUGGCUGGAGGACCUCUGGGGCCCGAAGAUGAGCGCGAACAACUAG